GGGGGUGAGGAAGUGUCCAGGUGAGCAGCAGACUCAGUUGGUCCAGAGCCAGAGGAGCCAGCCACCCAGUUCUGACCACACACAUCUCUGGCCCCCAGAUGCAGCUGUGACCUGACCCUUCUCGCGGCUGAUGAGCCUGCCCACCAUGGCGAGCCCCACCCUGAGCCCGGACUCCUCGUCCCAGGAGGCCCUGUCGGCCCCCACCUGCUCCCCCACCUCUGACUCUGAGAACCUCAGCCCCGAUGAGCUGGAGCUGUUGGCCAAGCUCGAGGAGCAGAACCGGCUCCUGGAAGCCGACUCCAAGUCCAUGCGUUCCAUGAAUGGCUCCCGGCGGAACAGCGGCUCCUCGCUGGUGUCCAGCUCCUCGGCCUCCUCCAACCUGAGCCACCUGGAGGAGGACACAUGGAUCUUGUGGGGCCGGAUCGCCAACGAGUGGGAGGAGUGGCGACGCAGGAAGGAGAAGCUGCUCAAGGAGCUGAUCCGCAAAGGCAUCCCGCACCACUUCCGGGCCAUCGUGUGGCAGCUCCUGUGUAGUGCCACCGACAUGCCGGUCAAGAACCAGUACUCGGAGCUGCUCAAGAUGUCCUCGCCGUGCGAGAAGCUGAUCCGCAGGGACAUCGCCCGCACCUACCCGGAGCACGAGUUCUUCAAGGGCCAGGACAGCCUGGGCCAGGAGGUCCUCUUCAAUGUCAUGAAGGCGUACUCCCUGGUGGACCGGGAGGUGGGCUACUGCCAGGGCAGCGCCUUCAUCGUGGGCCUGCUCCUCAUGCAGAUGCCCGAGGAGGAGGCCUUCUGUGUGUUUGUGCGGCUGAUGCAGGAGUACCGCCUGCGGGAGCUCUUCAAGCCCAGCAUGGCCGAGCUGGGGCUCUGCAUCUACCAGUUUGAGUACAUGCUACAGGAGCAGCUCCCGGACCUGAACACCCACUUCCGCUCCCAGAGCUUCCACACGUCCAUGUACGCCUCCUCCUGGUUCCUCACGCUCUUCCUGACCACCUUCCCGCUGCCCGUCGCUACCCGUAUCUUUGACAUCUUCAUGUACGAGGGUCUGGAGAUCGUGUUCCGGGUGGGCCUUGCCCUCCUGCAGGUGAACCAGACGGAGCUGAUGCAGCUGGACAUGGAGGGGAUGUCCCAGUACUUCCAGAGGGUGAUCCCCCAUCAGUUCGACAGCUGCCCAGACAAGCUGAUCCUCAAGGCUUACCAGGUCAAGUACAACCCCAAGAAGAUGAAGAGGUUGGAGAAGGAGUACGCGGCCAUGAAGAGCAAGGAGAUGGAGGAGCAGAUAGAGAUCAAGAGGCUUCGGACAGAGAACCGGCUCCUGAAGCAGCGGAUUGAGACCUUGGAGAAGGAGAGCGCUGCUCUGGCUGAUAGGUUAAUCCAGGGACAGGUGACGCGAGCGCAGGAGGCCGAGGAGAACUACGUCAUCAAGCGGGAGCUGGCCGUGGUGCGGCAGCAGUGCAGCUCAGCGGCCGAGGACCUGCAGAAGGCGCAGAGCACCAUCCGGCAGCUGCAGGAGCAGCAGGAUAACCCACGCCUCACCGAGGACUUUGUGGCCCACCUGGAGACUGAGCUGGAGCAGUCACGGCUGCGGGAGACGGAGACUCUGGGCGCCCUGCGGGAGAUGCAGGAUAAGGUUCUAGACAUGGAGAAGAGGAACAGCUCGCUGCCGGACGAGAACAACGUGGCGAGGCUACAGGAGGAGCUGAAGGCGCUCAAGGUGCGGGAGGGCGAGGCCGUGGCCUCAGCGCGGGAACUGAAGCUGCAGCUGCAGGAGCUCUCGGACACCUGGCAGGCCCAUCUGUCCCGCGGCGGCCGCUGGAAGGAGUCCCCACGGAAGCUGGUCCUGGGCGAGCUGCAGGACGAGCUGAUGAGCGUGCGGCUGCGCGAGGCCCAGGCUCUGGCCGAGGGCCGCGAGCUGCGGCAGCGCGUGGUGGAACUCGAGACGCAGGACCACAUCCAC